GGUGUCUCCUGUAACGUUGACCAAUUCUGUUGGCACGUCAGGCGUGAUGCGUGUGAUGGGUGUGGCCUUCCCAGGAGAGAGGGAGAGGGAGGAGUGGGAGAGGGAACAGGAGGAGACACGGAAGAGAGACCACAGACGCAUCGGCAAGGACCAGGAGCUGUUCUUCUUUAAUGACGUCAGUCCUGGAAGCUGCUUCUUCCUGCCUAAAGGAGCUCACAUCUACAACACACUCGCUGACUUUAUCAAGACUGAGUACAGGAGGCGUGGCUUCCAUGAGGUUGUGACCCCUACUCUAUACAGCACUGCACUGUGGGAGCGUUCGGGUCACUGGGAACACUACAGUGAAAACAUGUUUACUGUGACCGGUGACACACACACCUAUGCACUCAAACCCAUGAACUGUCCUGCACACUGUCUGAUGUUUGAGCAGCGUGUAAGGUCAUGGAGGGAGCUCCCGUUGCGUUGGGCCGAUUUCGGGGCACUGCAUCGGAACGAGCUGUCCGGCGCUCUGGGUGGUCUCACCCGGGUCCGCAGGUUCUGCCAGGAUGACGCACACAUCUUCUGCACUCCUGAGCAGUUGGAGGAGGAGAUCAUAGCGUGUUUGGACUUUGUGAGGAGUGUGUAUCGAGUUUUUGGAUUCUCCUUCCACUGUCUCCUCUCCACCCGACCUACACCCUGCCUGGGGGAGCCUGCACUGUGGGACCACGCUGAGCAGCAGUUGGAGAGAAGUCUGCAGCAGUUUGGAGAGCGCUGGCAGUUCAACCCAGGAGAUGGAGCGUUCUACGGGCCAAAGAUUGACAUCCAGAUCAAGGACGCCAUUGGUCGACAGCACCAGUGUGCCACCAUCCAAUUGGACUUCCAGCUACCAAUCAGAUUUGACCUGGAGUAUGUGGGGGGGGAUGGAGAGACCCACAGACCAGUGAUGGUCCACAGAGCUGUUCUGGGAUCACUGGAACGCAUGAUCGCUAUAUUGGCUGAGAAUUUUGGGGGGAAAUGGCCUCUGUGGUUGUCUCCAGCGCAGGUCAUGAUUAUUCCUGUAGGGGGAGGUAGUGAGUCAUAUGCGCAACAGGUGGUCCGACAGUUCCGCGAGGCUGGCUUCAUGGCUGACGCGGAUGAUGACCAGGGUGCCACCUUAAAUAAGAAGAUCCGCUCUGCACAGCUGGCCCAGUACAACUACAUAUUUGUGGUAGGUGAGAAGGAGUGUGUGGGUGGCACGGUGAGUGUAAGGACCAGAGGGGGGAAGCAGCUAGGGAGGAGACCGACAGAGAAGGUCCUGGCAUCACUCACACACCUACGAGACACACGGAGCAACCAGGAUGACUUCUAACACACACACCUGUUGUGGAUUAAGAAUUGCUCACUGUACUUUUGUAAUAAAAUAUAAUAACUUAAAUUAUAAAA